GGCCAUAAAUGUUCCCUUUCACUUUCACGGUCCUCGACGCGCUUUCCCUUUGAACUUUGAACCAUUCCAACAUAAAAAUAAUUGAAAAACACAAACAACACGUACAAACAAGAGCCCACCAACCAAACCACAACCUUUGAUCUUUACUUUUUUUGUUUUUGCUUUUUAGGUCUAAUUAUCGUGUUGGCUUGAUAUUGAUAAAAAUGAAAAUGAAAAUGAUAGCUCCUCUCGAAUCGGACCAGGUGGAGCAACUGAGAGACAUUUUCAUGCGUUUUGACAUGGACUCAGACGGCAGCCUAACCCAGCUCGAGCUUGCAGCUCUCCUCCGAUCGCUUGGGAUAAAGCCAACAGGAGACCAACUCCAGGCCUUGCUGACAAACAUGGACACCAAUGGCAACGGCAGCGUCGAGUUUGACGAACUCGUCACUGCCAUAUUACCAGACAUGACCCAAGAAGUGCUCAUGAACCAGGAGCAGCUCUUGGAAGUGUUCAGCUCCUUCGAUCGCGACGGUAAUGGCUACAUAACCCCCGCUGAGCUUGCUGGCUCCAUGGCCAAGAUGGGUCACCCUUUGACGUACAAAGAACUCUCCGAGAUGAUGCGCGAGGCUGACUCUAAUGGUGAUGGUGUCAUUAGUUUUAACGAGUUCUCCACCAUCAUGGCCAAAUCCGCCGCUGAUUUUCUUGGACUCAACGUUGCAGCAUCGGUAUAGUUUGCUAGCGGUAGGUAUAUGGUGCAUCCGACACAUAAUAUAUACUCUUUUCUUUUUCUUUUUUCUUUUUUCUUUUUUCUUUUUUGUAAUUUUUGUGUGUAACUAAUUGAAUGUGUGUAAGGGAUUUUGAGGUCAUCAUGUCUUUGCAAGCAAUGUUUUGGAAAUCCAAUUGAAGACACCUCAAAAAAACCAAUCCCUCUCAUUGUUGAGUAGAACAAUUUCCUGUAUAUUAUGUUAAUAUUAAUCAUUAGUAUUUUCGUAUUUGUCUUC